AUGGCCGUUACAAACCGACAUGCCUCGCCCUUCGAGCCCUCGACCUCACCACAACCGCAACCCCUCACAAAGCGCGACGUCCGGCGGAACCGUAUCAUGGAGAAGCUGCAGAGCAUGAUCAAUACCUUCAAUUCCAACCAUCAUGCACACUACCGGGCCCAACUGCAGGGUGUCCAGGUCGAUAUGACCAUGGUCCUCCGCGCAGACCCCUAUGGCCCAGAUGCGCCGCUCUCAGAGAACGCCGACGACAUCCACGAGCUGAUAGCCCUGACCAUGAAGGGUAAUGCUAAUGGCGAAGGGGCUGUCAGCUUACCGAAUGAUGAGGCUGCCCGGCAAGAUUACUAUAGUAUGGCUGGGAAGCGAUACACCGAGUUUGUCAGGGAGGUCAACGAUGCCGUUGAGCAACGAGAUGCCGAUUUGACUGCUUUACACAACAACUACCAUUCUUCUCUAUCCGAGCUCGAUCGCAUCUACCAGCAGCGACUCCACCAGGCCGAGGAAGAGCACAAAGCCCUCUCCCAAACAAUCCGCCAACGACUCGUGACCACACUCAAUAAGAAACGCCAGCAACUGUUGCGUGACAAAGAGCAGUUAGAUAUUUCGGACAGCAAUUCGAUGCUUCUCCACCCCAACCACUUCAGCAUUGGCAACAAUCCGGGUUCGCCUAGUCACAACGGCAAUGCAAUCAACAAGAGAACGAGACACUUGAGACACCACCGGGGUGCUAGUCCAGCGCCGGGCAACAACGAUGUUGUCGAGAAUGGCAAACGGAAGAGAAAGUUUGGACAGUUGGAAGACGAUCAAGGGAACGAAUCGCCUUUACCACCAUACCUUGCAGGAGGAAGAAGCCCAUUCAAAGACGCACGCGGUCAACGAGAAUAUGCACAAUUCGAUGCGCCAGCGUACAGCAUGGACAGGCUGUUCACCGAGAAAGAGCUUGCAUUGGCGACAGAUACUGCAAAAGUGGCCACAUACAAAUACUUCCACCAGCCGCCGCAAGAGCAAGGGUCGAACAGCAAUGGCACAGCUGUCCCAUCAGUGGACGGCGAGGUUGUAGAAUCUGCGGAAGCCGUUCCAGAUGAGCAGAUGCUGGACGUGCCAGCCAAUGGAACAAACACUCCACCUCCGUCAGAACCUCCUGCUGCAGCUCCAGGCAUGGAACGAAGCGCGUCACACCAAGUCCUUACGAGAGGUGGAGCCAAGGCCAAUCCAUUGGCGGCACUGUCAGAUUUGGCGAAUGCGGCGGCCGCAGCUUCAUCGACCGCCCCCAUCAUCCGACAAAAUCCAUUCACUCCCGUUGCACCACACUAUCAUGCUGUCACUCGCAGCGAGAAGUCUGGAGCUCCAGCACCACCACCCGUUAACAGCGUGGACAUGGACAACGACUUCAACAUGAUGCGUCAUGCCGGCGAUGGCGAUGCGGACGGAGACGACGAUAUGAACGCGGAUCCUGACGCAGGGGAAAAGGCACGAGAUCUUCGACGCCAGCUUUUGGAUCAGGCUUUGGGAGUGUCUGGCGUACAAGCACCGUACAGAUUACCACAACUCGAACCGGGCCCAGGAGCGAUGAUCGAUCGACGAGGUGUAGAGCGCGAGCCUCGGACAGGAUUUGCGCCGCUGCUACCUGCUGUCGCCCGGAUCGAAUCCAGACUGCACGGCACGACCACCGUCCCAAUCGGCAGCAUGGCAGCCGCGUUGGGCGGAAGACUGGGCGGUGCGCCGAUGAGUCGAACCACGAGUGCUGGAGGUAUGAGCGAGCUUGGAGACGUCGCCCCAGGCCCUGCUAGGAGAGGUGGACGAGGCAAGCUGGUGUAA